GUGAAGGGUGGUGCGGUUGAGUUGCCCUAAAGACCUAGUUUUUACUUUCUACCUAACUUGGGGGCCUGCGCUCCCUCAUGUCACUGAAUUGUGCCGCAAGAGAAGACUCCUCGUGCUGUUGAAAGUGUUGUAUCAUGAGCGUUAUACAGAAAGCCAAGGGAAGCAGGUAUAUUGAAGAGAAGGAGCCUAGCCGUGCUGCAACCUCGGCGACGCAAGUUGCUUCCACCACCAGAAGUAACGAUGUUAUGCUGCUACUCGGACCUCUCAUGUCUGGCGGAACCAAUUCACGUAAAGAUAUAUCCAUUACGUCAAACGAUCAUGUUAAUGGCCAUGAAUAUGCUCGGGAAAUUAACGGUGUUUCGACUUUCCAUUCAUUGAGUUAUUCGGAUGAACCUCGCAUUUCUGAACUAAAAAACGGUAACUGUUAUACGCCUCGACAUGGGAUUGAUACGAAGUACGAAACUAACAGUGUUCAUAGUUCUCAAAGUGCAAUCAUUUAUACGACAGAAAAUGAAGUUUCUCGUCAUUAUCAAUCUGAAGCUUCCACUAAUAACAUUGAAAAAGCUGAUAUAUUGACCCACUCGUUGGUUACGGCAAAUGCGCUAGACGAUGAUAACAUGAACGCAAAAAAUGAUCCUGUUUUAGAUCUGUCGACCCAAGAGUCUCAUAUAUUUACUACUGACGGAAUAUCCAUGAAUCUUACUGACAUGGUUGCUUUCGAGCUAAGCGCAUCCGAGGACCAUAAUUCGAAUCCUGACAUAAUGUCUGUUGUGACAACUCCAAUUGCUGGACAUGGACCAGACGCUUCCUUCAGUAAUGUAUCUGAAGAUCACGUCUACUCCCCCAUCAUUGAUCCCGUAGAAGCAGACAGAGUCUCUUUGUGUCAUGAAGACUACUACCGUCAUUCUCACGAACCUGCUUGUUGUACACCCUCUAGUUCUACGGCUCAUUCCUCUCCUCUACCCAUCCCUCUUCCCCGCGUUGCUAGCCGUGCUGAGUCUCUCACUCCUACCGACACUCCGGCUCAUCGACAGACGGACUGCUCCUCAUCCCUCCACCUCCGCACCCCUUCUCCACCCAGAGCCGCACCACCCCAGUCGCCUCUUAGUGACUCCUGCUCCCCACAACCUGCGGAUGUGUCGCCAGAUUCUCAAGGUGGAGGAAGCAGUGUUUCUGGUAACGCUACCGCCACCACUUCGCUCGACUACAGCAACGGAUCAAGCAUCGACAUCCCUGACACAAAGGAAGGCAUCGAAGAGCUCUGCCCAGUGUGUGGGGACAAAGUCUCAGGCUAUCACUAUGGCUUGCUUACGUGCGAGUCGUGCAAGGGGUUCUUCAAGAGAACCGUCCAGAACAAGAAGGUUUACACGUGCGUCGCUGAUCGACAGUGCCAAAUCGACAAGACCCAAAGGAAGAGGUGUCCUUAUUGCAGAUUCCAGAAGUGUAUCGAGGUCGGCAUGAAGCUUGAAGCUGUGCGGCAGGACCGGAUGCGAGGAGGCAGGAACAAGUUCGGGCCCAUGUACAAGCGUGACCGCGCGAGAAAGCUGCAGAUGCUGCGUCAGCGUCAAAUGACGCACCCAAAUUUGUUGCCGUCUAGAAACGCGCCUGUGACAUCAGGAGUCCAGUACACGUCACUCAGUUCUUAUUCUACGGGUGGCUUACAUAUCAAAGAAGAGAUCCAGAGUCCCUUCCUUUCUUCGUCUACCUCAUCACCAGAUUCCUCACCGGCACCUGUUAGGGUUCUUCAGAACUCCGGUGGACCGUCCCAUCCCUCGCACAACUCCUCAGGACUCAUUCUCGGCGCACCAGACAAUAUCGCUCUCUGGGUUGGUGCAGCUGGCAGUGGCGUAGGAGGUGGAGGUACAGGCGGAGGAGGAGGUGGAGGAAGCGGAGGUUCCCCGCAACAAGUCACUAGCAGAUCUCUCAAUAGAAACACCAAUAGAAUCCCCGACCUCGUUCGUGAAUUAUUGAAUGCAGUUAACGAUGCUGAAUGGACCAAUUCCCUCAUGGGGCUUUUACAAAACCAAACUUAUAAUCAAUGUGAAGUUGAUCUCUUCGAGCUUAUGUGCAAAGUCUUGGACCAGUCUUUGUUCGCCCAAGUUGACUGGGCAAGAAAUUCCGUCUUCUUCAAAGAUCUCAGGGUUGAUGACCAAAUGAAGUUGUUGCAAGAGUCUUGGUCGGAUAUGCUCCUUCUGGAUCAUCUCCAUCAACGGUUACAUAACAAUAUAGCCAACGACAUGUCGCUCCCUAACGGCCAGAAGUUCAACCUGCUCAACUUAGCGCUGCUCGGCACUGAUCAGUACGAGCAGAACUUCCAUCAGCUGCUGUCAAAAAUGGAAGACAUGCAACUCGAUGUUUCUGAAUAUAUACUCAUCAAAUUUAUUCUCCUACUUAACUCAGAGCCGUGCAUCCGAGACAACAGACAGCUCACAGACCAGCAGAGCGUCGACGAGGCUGCCAUGCAAGUGCGCAACGCUAUGAUGGAAUAUUGCGUCGUCAGCUACGGCGCCGCCACCGCCCAGGACCGGUACCAGAAGCUGCUUUCGCUCAUAUCGGACAUUCAUUUUAUUGCGGACAGCGGCGAGAAGUUCCUGUACCUGAAGAUGAUGCACAGCGGCUCGUCCACUCAGACGCUGCUCAUGGAAAUGCUGCACACCAAACGCAGAUAAAACCUGCCCCAGCAGCCACCUUCUCUCCUCUUUCUUUCAUAAACGUCCAUCAAUCUCAUGCACUU